AGGGAAAUGAAAUCCCAAAAAUCACAAACCCCGCUUAUUCUCCUCUCCCUUGUUUCCACCGGCAAUGUUGUUGAUUUUUUUUGAUUCGUUCAGACUCCAGAACAAACAUAUACAUCAAUCUCUUAUCAUUCACCUUUAAUUUCUUAAUAUUGUAGUUAAGGAUUUAGGGUUUUUUCGUAUUACUGUUCCAUUUUUUUUUUCAUGUUCGAAUUUUAGUCAAAUGGCAUCCCUGAAGGAAAUUCUAACACUUCGACCAGUGGCGGCGACAGUCCGUCUCACCACCCCAGCCGGCGGAGCAAGACCUGGACCACCGGUAGGUCCGGCAGUAGGUCAGUACAGAGUUAACCUAAUGGCGUUCUUCAAGGACUUCAACAUUCGCACCCAUAAGUACAAAUCGGAAGCCCUAAUCGUUGGUACAGAGUUAACCUAAUGGCGUUCAUAAAAACGCUGCUGGAAUUGACUCUGGGAGUGGGCGUGCAGGUCUUGUUGUUGCAUCAACCAUAAUCCUAAAACCCAUCGAUGAAAUCGCAAAGGUGAAGCAAGAAGAUACGUAUUGUCUGUACAUGUCCUUGGAGGCGAUUUUAAAAUCAAUUAUAGAUGCUAUACUCAAGGAGGUCUAGGUGGAAGAUGUUCACCUGGUUACUGAUCCUUGGACUCAAGAAUCCUGUCGAUUUAGGUUUGUAUCCAUGUCCAACAUCAAGGAAGCUGAUCGAUGCAUCAAGUAUGUUGAUGGAUCUGUUCUUGACGGUUGUUUCAUCUGUUCAAUUGGAAGUUCCCGAUUUACUAUUUUUCUCAACAUAUACUCUUUUUGUCCUAUUUUUGUUUGAGAUAUAUCACCAGGCUAAAAGUUUACCAACAGAUAAACUCAGGAUUGUUUAUGUAUCAGUGAAUGCAGGAGUUUACUUGAUACAAGUAAGGGUUGUCUUUGGAUAUACCUUUGGUUGGAUGAUAGCAACAUGGCUCUUCUUGAGCUGCUUGUUGCAACAAAAGGAAAAGCUCCAUAGUCUGGACUUAUAACCCAUGGAUUUGUGUUGGAUGAGAGAGGUUUAAAAAUGAGCAAAUCCUUGGGUAAUGUGGUUGAUCCACGUUUGAUAAUUGAAGGAGGCAAGAAUUAAGAGGAUUUGGGUCUCAAGUGUAGAAUUGUGCCUGGCAGUACACAAGUAUAAUGCCAAGAAAGAUGGGUUAAUUUCUUAGAUCAUGCACUUAAAUGAAUGAGUGGACUCCGGAGGAGGAUUUAAAAUUGAAAGAUGCAAUAUCAGAACAUGGAUAUUUCUGUCUAAAGUAGUCGUAUGUGUUCCUCCACGAACCUAUAGUCACUCCUCCAUUGCUUCUAUACAAGGAUCGAUCAAGAACAGCCUCAAAGGUGAAACCAUGGCAAAGCUACACUCAUGUUGCAGUUUUUAACUUUAUCAAAGAUGAUUUACAAGUUUCUAACUUUAUUUCAGGGAUUUACAAGUUUUUAACAUUAUUUCAGUGAUUUUGUAUACUAUUGACAAGACUAGCUUGCUUACCCAUUGUUGCUAUUCACUUUUCUCAUUCUGUUAAAAGAAGCUUGGUGUUGGUGAUAGCAACGAGACUCCUUUCCAUUUAUGAUUUGAAGGUCUUGUUGAUGUUCAUAGUGUCAAGUAAAGUAGCUCGGAUGCGGUGAAGGUCGGCAACAACUUCUUAUAGUUCGACUAUUAUUUGUUGAUGACUUUCAUCUCUUUCACAUUUGAUGUAUUACAUCUGUCUACUAUUGGAACUAUUAUUUGUAUGACAUUAAAUUUUGUGCAAUGGAUUGUAUUUUUUGUGUCACACCCCAAACCGGAACGGCGGAAAUGUUCGGGGGUGGAGGACAUCAUAUACAAUAUCAUAUCAAUUGAAUAAUAGUAAUCAAAGCAACA